CGAGCUAAAUAAAAAAAAAAAUGUAAAUGACAGAGCAAAUAAGAGGAAAGAUGAAAGAACGAUGAUAGCAAACCCUAAUCCAUAUCUUAAUGGUUGAAAUGAAGUGAGAUAGAUUGCUCCGUGCUCAAUUUUAGCAUCGUCGCUCUACUCCGUCGGCAAUCCCACGGUUGUCACUUGUCAGUGUCAGCUUCGGUCUCCGGCGAAAAGAUCACUGCCUUCUGUUCCUCCCUCACAUCCUCUCUCCCUCCUUUCGCACAGGUACUUCCUCGAUUCCAAAUGUGCAGGAAUUUCACUUAGUGCUUGAACUUUGAUUUUCGUCUGAGUUCACCGAUGUGCAUUCAUACGGAGUGAAUUGCUAGUUUGGAGCAAAGGUUAUUGCGUUAGCUCAUCUGUCAAUCUCCGGUCCAUCUCAGUAGAAUGAGUUUGUUAGUACAGUGUUCAUACUUCUUACUUUGACUUUCCAGCUUGGGACGCAAUGGCGGUUACAUCUUAGCUUGUUCUGAAGAUCAAGUUUGUAGCGAUAGUUUUAGUUUCGGAUUAUAAUAUAGUGGCAAGGUUUCAUUCCUUUGCUGAAGACCUCAUAUCGGUUGAACUAGAAUGCUCAUCUCGUACAUUGUGCUGAUUUGUGUAAUGAUGUGUUACACGCUGAAAUUAAAUAAUAAAUCCCACCUCUGGAUCCAAUGGGACUCCGGCGGUUUGUUCUUAAUGUGUUCCCGUGGAAGUUGGAACACAUUGUUCACAGGCAGCUAAGCCGCUAGACAAAUGUGUUGAUAUUGUGAGGGUGCAAUGACAUCACUUGUUCGCCUGAACUAGAUUCACCAUGUUCUCAUUUAGAAUGUUUUUAAGCAAAUGGUUGGUUGGUUUGUGCUGUCAUUAUCAUAGUGAUGAUAAAACUUGUUCAACUAACUAGUCAGAUGGGCUUUCAUUUUGCUGAGCUUCAAUAUUACCACAUUUUACUUUCCUUUUCCAUGACUUGGAUGACCAGAUACUAAUGAUCUAAAGUGGAAAGAGACUAGAAUCUUCGAGUUUUCCAUAACUUCCUUUCCUUGUUGCUUGCUUGUACUUGUAUGCCUGAGUGUGUUUCAACUGAAAUCUAGAUACAUGUUUGCUUCCCUCUUUCCAUGUAAGUUUUACUUAAGAUAUUAUGACUGUGCAUGCAAAUGAACUAAGCGAGACAUUUUGUUUUUGGUCUUUUAUGUAUGCCUUUUUACAUUAUAGUGUGUAGAUAACCACAUGAAAACAGAAUUAAGAUCUGAAGAAAGGAGAAAACUCCCCUUCUUUUGGCGCUGAACUUUGGGAUUUGAUGUACUGUGGUUAUCUACACUCUGCCGAAACCCCAAAUGAAAGAAGCAUAUGUGGUCCACCUGGAAAGGUCCCCACUCAGCUUAUCUAUUGCAGAAGGACUUCCUUUAUUUGCAUGGAAUUGUCAAUCUGAUAGGUUUACGUUUCCUGGACUUCUUACUCUCUUAGACUAAUGUGCUAUGAUUGUGAUUUACUUUGUUUUGAUGCUGAAACUGAAGGUGCUGCUUCUUUUAGUAUUGUCGUUCUGAUUGGUAUUGAUGAUACUGGAUCGAAGCAUUUUAGUAGGUUUAGAUCAAAUUUUACAAGAAUCUAGUGGUGGCAAUUUUUUUCCAAUACCAUGAUUGACUGAGGAGGAGCCUUUAUUUCCCCUUUGGUUGGCUUGGGAAUUGAUGACUGCUACCACUUGCAAGCUUAGCAAAUGAGGAAGUUCUCUUUCAACAGUGUGAUUGACUGGGAUGUCAUUUCUUUUACUUAGGAAAAUGGAUCACUGCGACUUGCAAGCUCAGAGAAGGGAGAUGAAGCACAAGGGGAGAAACGUUGUCUGGUCCAUUGGAAUGGACAAGUGCCUGAUCGAAUCCCUAGCUAUUCAGGCUAGGAAAGGGAACAAGAUAGACAAAUGCUUCAACGAGAAUGCAUAUAGUUCCGCUUGCAUAGCUGUCAAUUCUCAGUUUAACUUGAACUUGAACAAUCAGAAAGUUGUGAAUCGGCUUAAGACCAUCAAGAAAAGGUACAAGGUCAUAAGGGAUGCACUUAAUCAAGAUGGGUUCAGGUGGAAUCCUGGUACGAAGAUGAUUGACUGUGAAAGUGAGGAGCUUUGGAAGAGAUACAUUGCUGCACACCCAGAUGCAAGAGGAAUUAAAGGGAAGCAGAUUGAUAUGUACGAAGAACUACAAGUCGUUUGUGGGAACUACCAAGUGCCUAGUAGUUGGGCUAAGACGAGAGACGGACAUUAUCCUACAAGAAAUUUUGAAGAAGACUCUGCUUCAUUCGUGUCGCCAAGUACAGAAGAUGCAAGUGAUACUGAUGGAACCAACUCAUAUACAGUACCAGAAGAAGAAGAAGAAGAGUUUAUGCAAGAUGGACGUCAUCAAGAACCUUUUCUUCCACCACGACCGCCACUUAUUCAACCUGUAAAGCAGCAGCUUCCCAAAAGACCAAGCAGCAGAGAGGCACUUCAGGAGGCAAUGCUGGCAAUCUCAUCGAGCAUCCGUCGUUUGGCCGAUGCAGUUGAGCAAAGUAAAACGCCUCUAGAUUCGUCGGAACUUUUGAAGGCGGUGAUGGAGAUAGAUGGAUUGGAAGAGGGUAAGCAAAUGUAUGCCUUCGAGUGCUUGAAUGCUGACCCUAUUAAAGCCAGAGCGUUCAUGACUUACAAUGUCCGAAUGAGGAAGGUCUAUUUGUUCCGUCAGUUUUGGUGGUGGAGAUGAUACGAGGUCCCAAACAUUUUGAUUAGGGGAUCUGGUUUCCCUUCUCUUUUCCUAUUGUUUCUCCCCCACUAAUUGUUCUACAGUUUAACCUAGCUGGGGGAAAGGAUUGAUAAUGGUGGGGCGGUUGUAGCUUACGAAAAGCCGAAAAUGGUGCUUGAUGUUGGAGAGGCGACUCGUGUACAGAUAACACUACUUGUUCGUGAUGAAUAGUGAAUUACAAAUUUACAGCACACAACAAACUGUAGACCUUCAAAGACCUCCUGAAUAGCAAUGAAGCCACAGUAGUCACUCUAGGAUCGGCACCAUCGGUAGCUUGGGUAUAGAUUAGAUGCUACAAGAGUCCCUUAAGCUCCACGAAACCCAGCAAAUAUACCUGUACGAAAUGAAACAAGCAAACUAUUAUAAAACAGAUAUCCAGUGUCGCAUUCCAAUAAUGUUUAUAUUACCUA